CCCAAAUCUAGGUCCCGCCGCUUCGCUCCGUCCCCGCACUCAAGGGCUCUGGUGCCGACGCUUGGCAGCUCCGCACGCCGGCGCGGGCCCGUGUCUCUUGUCUUAGAGUGCUUCGCAGCGCACAGCGCUUCCUUUACCACCACCACGACCUCGCCGCAAGCAUGACGCUCAUCGACAUUGCCGCGGCGCUCUCCGAGGGUGCGCUGCCGACCAACGCGCAGGCACAUCGGGCGCUGCAGGUGCUGCUCUCCACGUCGCUGCUCGAGACGCAGCUCCUCUCGCCGUCGGGCGCCACGCUGAUCGCCGACGUGCGGCAUCUUGUCGAGCUGACGGACCGCAUCGUGCUGGAGCGCAACGGCGGCGAAGAGGCGCAGGAGUUCUGGUGGAAGAGCCGCGGCGUCGUGCGGGCGGCGGGCGCCGCCGGCAUCACCGCAGCGGUGGGAGAGGAGGCGGAGCGGAAACUGCAGGAGAAGCUGGCGAAGAAGGAGCAGGGCACGGCGCCAAACAAGAAGCAGAAGGCUGCCUCGCUGUCUCGCAGCACGGCCAAGGCGGCGCAGGUGGUCACCAGGGACGGCAACCAGGCCUUCAAGCAUCUGCGCACGCUCGCGCGUCUGCUGCUCGUGCAGCCCGAGCUGCGGCAUAUCCUGUCUGAUGGCGGCCUGCUGCUGGCAGAGGUGCUGGACAAGACGGCCGGCUCGACGCUCGACGAUGCGCGCGGCACGAUGGGCCAGGUCAAGUCGGCCACUGGCACGUUUCAGAACGUCGCUGCACGAGCGCUGGCGGCGGCGAAGGCCGCCCGACAGGACGUGCCGCAGGGCAUCGAGGCGGUGCAGGGCGGCAAGGAGGCGCUGCGGCAGCUCGGCGAGGGCGCCACGAAGGGCAUGCCGGCGCUCGAUGCGCUGCGCACGCAGCUGAAGCUCACGGCCAAGAGCGGCCUGCCAAGCAAGGAGGUCAUCGAGGCCGAGCUGGCCAACAAGGAUGCCGUGCCGCGGCUCAAGGACCUGCAGGCGCAAAUACACGCCGCCUCUGCCGAGAUUGCGACGUCGCCGGCGCAGCUGGAGCGGCUGAAGGGAGAAGCGAUGAAUGGCGGCAUCCCCGACGAGCUGCGGACUGCUCUGCUGGGCAAGCCGGGCGAGGCGGGCGCCAUCGAUCCCACGGAUCUCGUUGAUGCAGUGCAGAUGCUGGCCGUUGCGAACCCGUCGCUGCAUCUGACGGAGACGGCGAAGCUCAAGGAAGUGGUCGGGCAGGCGGCGAAAGACGCCAAGAAGAACGCCGAGGAUGCCUGGACCGAUGAGCGGCGCGCCAAGUUGAUCCGGCGCCUGCGAAAGCUUGCGGUGGACUGCCAAAGCAACGCAGAGUACAAGGACGCGCUCGAGUGGUUCAUCACGCGCACCGAGACGCUCGUGCAGACGACGCAGCGGAACCUCGAGAAGCCAAGCACGUCGCUCGACGGCGCGCUGGACGAGGCCGUCGUGCCGCUGCUGCGUCUGCUGGAGAACUUCGCUGGCGGGCGGCAACUGCGGCCGAUCCUCGAGCUUGCUCGUUCGCUCUCCCUCGGCGCCAAGGACAAUCCCGAGCUGCUGGCCAUCUGGCGCGACGCCGACGCGCUCCUGCGACGCUCCUUGCUCGAAGAGGGCUACGCCAUGGAGGCCGCGUGCGAGCAGGCCUGGCGCGACAUGCUCAAGCGUUUCGAGGCCAUGGACGCCGCGUACCGGCAGAGCGUUGCACGGCUGGUGGCCGACGCCACGGCCUUUAUGCAGGCGCUGGCCCAAGAUCCGCUGCUCAAGGAGCUCAGCCGCACACUGAAAGCGCUGCUCAAGGACGUCAGCAUCGGUCGAGAGGGCAACAUGCUCCCGUCAAGAGCGCUCUGGCAGGACCUGCGCAUGACGAUUCUGCCGGCCGUGUUUGCGCGCGUCGGCGUGCUGCCGGUGCCGCGCAUCAAGUACACGCACCCGGACUUUGACCUGGUCGUGGAGAACAUCGCCAUCGAGCUCAAGAAUCUGCUGCCCAAGAUGGUCGGCUUCCACAUGUCCAACGACGUCGAGUGGGAUUUUGAAAAGACGAAGAGCUCGUCGCACUGCCACUCGGUGAAGAUCAAGAUCAAGGGCAUGAGCCUCCGCGUGCACAAGCUGGCCUUUGCACUGAAGCUCAAGAAGGGCCUGCCGUUCAAGGACCGCGGCAUUGCGGAUCUGCUGGUCGGCGACUUUGGCGUCUCGAUCCGGCUGGACGUGCCCAAGGACCCCGGGCCGCACUACUUCAUCGUCAAGAAGGUCAAGGCGAAGCUCGGCACGCUGCAGGUCAAGGUGCACAAGAGCAACCACCGCAUCAUGCACCACAUUGCCGGCGCGCUGGCGAACAGCUACCUGACGAAGCGCAUCUUGCGCCACCUCAUUGCCAUGGGCGUGACCAUCGGGCUGAAGCAGCUCGACGUCGCGCUGAUGGCGUCGCGCCUCGAGCGGCAGGAGGACCAGGGCGACAUCAGCCUGCAGGAGAUGCGCAAGAAGAUGGCCGAGCUGCGCGACCUGCUGCGCAAAUACAACGAGAUGGCGGGCACUCUCGAGCUCGACUUCACGCGGGAGGAGGACCCGCAGAACGAAAAGGGCUGGGAAGACGCGCAUGCCGUCAAGUGGGUCAAGGGCCAGGUGCUCGAGACGGGCAAGCGGCCCGUCGUGCGGCACGAGUGGCGCUCGACGGCGUUCGACAAGAUCGGCGAGGAGACGGUGCAAGCGCCGCCAACGCCGCCGCCGGAGGACGCCGAGCAGGUCGAGGAGACGCCGCAAGAGGCGGCGUACCGAGGCAAGCCGGACGGGCCCACGACGCUCGCUACCGUCGAGCAGGCAGAGGCCGACCUGCAGCAAGUCGAGGCGCAGCGUGCGCAAGAGGCAACGCAGGCCAUGGAGUCGGAGGCCGGCGCGCAGGCCAUGCGCCGCGACAGCUCGACGAGCGACCAGGUCGAGCGCCUCGAGCGCGCCGUCGACCGACAUGAGGCCUAGCGAGCUGCACAUCGUCUCCCUUUCUCUGUGGUCCUGCUAGAUACCGGACGUGUGCAAUCAUACUCUGCUUUCA